UUUUUUUUAAAGGAGAAAAAACCGCGGCGCGCAGCUUUUACGUUAGUCACGUGAUUCUCUACCGGCAAAAGCCGUCAGGAGAUGACUGCAGUAGGCUGAGGCGCGGGCAAAUAUGCUGCAAGCAAAAAUCCUUGGGACCUGGUUGAAAAGGAGCUGCAGUCCCUCGUAUUCAUACAUACUCAGUUGCUUAUUGCAAAAACAAGCUAAGAGCUGGCACCGUUAUCUUAGCACAAGUUGUGGAAAGUGUUCCAAGUCCCGGCGGCUGGGCCAUAAAAGAAACAUUUCUGAAAAGAAGCUGACCCGGUGCUUUGUAGACCAUCGAAAAGUGCAGGUGAUAGGGGGGAAAGGAGGAGAUGGCAUUAGCUGUUUUCACAGUGAACCUAGAAAAACAUUCGGAGGCCCUGAUGGUGGAAACGGAGGGGACGGAGGGCAUAUCAUCUUGAAAGUGGACCAGCAAAUCAAAUCCUUGGCAUCAGUUCUCCCAAUCUACAGAGGUGUCGGUGGAGAAAGAGGCGGAAGCAAGAACUGCUAUGGUUCAGCUGGUCACUGCACUUACAUUAAGGUUCCCAUCGGUACUGUGGUGAAGGAGGAUAGCCAAGUCGUGGCCGAUCUCAACCAGCAUGGUGAAGAAUACGUUGCAGCCUAUGGGGGAGCUGGAGGGAAAGGCAACCGUUUCUUUCUGGACAAUUUCAACCGAGCGCCCGUAUCAGCUACUGAAGGAGAACCCGGCCAGGAAAGAGUUCUGCAUCUGGAACUCAGGACUAUGGCCCACGCAGGGAUGGUGGGAUUUCCUAAUGCUGGGAAGUCUUCACUGUUACGAGCCAUCUCCAAUGCAAAGCCAGCAGUGGCGGCCUAUCCGUUCACAACCUUGAAUCCUCAUGUAGGCAUUGUCCAUUAUGAAAACUACGAGCAAGUUGCAGUUGCUGAUAUCCCUGGCCUAAUAAAAGGAGCCCAUGAAAACAGGGGCUUGGGCAUUGCCUUCCUGAGACACAUCGAACGCUGCCGCUUCCUUCUGUACGUGCUGGAUCUCUCCGUGUCUGAGCCGUGGAUUCAGCUCCAAGACUUAAAAUACGAACUGGAGCAGUACGAAGAAGGCUUGUCAGAGAGGCCUCACGCCAUCAUUGGGAAUAAACUCGAUCUUCCCCAGUCAAAGAAGAAUUUGCCUCUGCUUAGGGAGCGAGUGCCACACCGAGUCAUCCCCCUCUCUGCUCUGACGGGAUCAAAUCUAGAGGAAUUGUUCUCGCAUCUGAAAGAACUGUACGACGAUUAUGUGAAAACUGAAGAAGUACGGAAACAAAAACCGCUAAAAUGGUAGUUGGUGACAGUGCUACAAGCGUGACAGCAUUUGGCUGGAAGAAACAGGAGGGAACGUGAAUGAUUUGCAGCCUUGCAUUGGUUGAGCUCCUGUCCAUAGGGUUUUCAUUCCUCUUCCAGCCUAAGGCUACACAGAAAAAUAAGUUGUUUUGUCCUGUUCAGAGGCAAGAGAAAACAGAAUUCCUGAACUGUUCUUCAGUCAGUCUGGUUUGCAGUAUGUUUCACGGGGUACAACAAUGAAAUGUCCUCAUGUUAUGGUUGUAACUGCAGAUAAAUCCAUGGCCCAACCCAGGAACACUGUGUCUCGGUUAAAACUGAGAGACAGACUAGAUGUGCAGGUUUUUAAAGAGUCCAGUUCACUGCAACCACCAGGAGUGGCUCUCAGAGAAAUAAAGGAGAGCCUGCUAGAGCACAGAAUGCCACUGUGGCAGGGAGGAAGAGCAGUGACCAGUUUGGGGGGGGGGGGGCGUGGGCGGACUUAUUUCCCAAUUUUUGCUGCUCCAUGUGAGUAUUCUGCACAUACAGAGCAGCACAAGAGGAAAAUAACCCUCCUUCCACCACCACUGCUAUUCCAGUGCACAGACUUGGAGUGGCAGGAAGGAAUCCUUUAUCCCGGGUCAUCUAGUCCAACCCCCUGCACAAUGCUGGAAAUUCAGAAAUACCUCCCCUCCCUCCCCACACACACACCAGAAAUACCUUCUCCCUUCCACACACACACCUACUCCAUGCCCAGAAGAUGACCAAAAAAAAAUAUAUCUCUAGGAUCCCUGGCCAAACUGGCCUGAAAAAAAUUGCUUCCUGCCCCCAAAUCAAGAUUUCCCUGGGCACGUAAGAAUGCAGUGGCAUUCCAAGUCCAAACGGGCCCCCCCCUUUAAAAAAGGGAUGGGGAGGCCAUCCCCCACAACUGCUGUGUGGCUGUGGGGAACCAUAGCUGGGUCCAGGGAACCCAGACCCGUCUCUUAAAAAUCCUGCACAUCUUGUUCGGUGCUAAAAUAAUAGAAUAUGACAUUUUGCAGUUCUCUGCUUUCAGUGCAUUCCCCUCAGUGAUCUAAACUUACUGAUAUUUCCUCCUGAUAUUUAAUCUUAACAGCGUCCACUGCUCCAUUUAUUCAAAUUCUUCAGGUGGAUUGGCACUGAGUAACAAUCAUAGCAGAAUAAUCAAGACCUUGUUAGAAGCACAGUGAAGAAGUGUGCCUUUUAAAAAAAGAUACCGUCGCGUGAAAUUGUUUUUUCCCCCCCUUACUUCAAUUAGAAAUGUAAAUUAUAAUUAUGGACUAGCUUUCUUCCAGGAAGCACUGAAUAAAAAUGUUAAAAUAAAUCCUCUGAGCUCUUGAGCUCAUGUGGAGCAUAAAUUUAAACAAACGUUCCGUGGAGUAAGCUUUUUUUAAUAAAAAAAAAUCUGCCA